AUGGGGCUGCGAGCGCUCGCCCAGCUCGGCCUGCUGGCUGCCCUGAGUAAGGUGAGCACGCCCGUGGACAAGUUCAAGCGGCUCGACCACCAGGGACGCGAUAUCGGGGACACCAUGUUCUUCACGUAUUUCCAACCGAGGGAUUUGCUGCAGGUCCUUUGGGAGUCUCUCCCAGCCGAAGCGCAAUCGAAGACGCACGCCCAGAAAAAGGUUUCGGACAUCAAGACGACCGAGACCGGUGUCGUGGUGAGCUGCACGGAUGGGACGUCCUACGAGGGCUCGAUGGUCAUUGGCGCGGACGGCGCGUACAGCGUGGUGCGCAAACACAUACAACUGAUGGCUCUCAGGGAGCAGCCAGCGGCGAAGGAGGAGCGACCCUUCCUCACCACCUACCGCGCCUUUUGGAUGCUGAUGCCCCUGAUCCCGGGUCUCAAGGAAGGGGUGGUCAAGAAUUGGAGCUGGGGCGGCCAUCAUGCUGGCCAGACACUUGGGCGUGACGGAGAUCUCUACGCGACAGCCGGGUCGCAGGAGAAGCGAGACCUCCUCACGCGCGAGUACGGCAUCCCUGCCGAGCGCAUCUUCAGCAGCCGCGACGCCUCGUUUGCCCCAGCGGUCCUGGCCGCCACCGAGGGGCGCGGGGUCGACGUCAUGCUCAACUCGCUGCCCGGUCCACUCCUGCAGGCCAGCCUCAGCGUCAUCGCGCCCCUCGGCCAUCUGAUCGAAUUCGGCAAGAAAGAGAUCGAGACGAACAGCCUGGUCGCGCUGGAGUGCUUCUCGCGCGGCAUCUCGCUGGCCUCGUUGGAUGUGCCCACGCUCUUGCGCCGUCGCGGACCCGACAUCCACCGCAUCCUGGGCGAGGUCACCCGUCUGGUGGACCAGCGCGCCCUGAAGCCCCAUGUCCAGGACGCCUUUCGAUUCCUGCAGACGGGGGCACACAUGGGAAAGGUUGUGCUGCCGGCGGGCCCAGAGGAGGUCGUUCCAGUAGUCCCACGGCCCAAGGGGAUCACCCCUCGACCCCGACUGCGCUCCGAUGCAUCAUACCUGGUCGUGGGCGGCGUCGGCGGCAUUGGCCGGUCUAUCGCGCACUGGCUGGUCGACCACGGCGCCCAGAACCUGAUCCUCCUCUCCCGCAGCGCCGGCGAUCUCGAUCUCGCCCAGAACCAAAACGCCGAGGGCGCUCUGUUCGUCCGCGAGCUACGCGCCGCCGGCUGCCGCGUGAAGCCGGUCAGCUGCGACAUCGCCCUAGCCAGCUCCCUCGCCAAGGCCCUCCGCGCCUGCGAGGACGAGGGUCUCCCACCCGUGCGGGGCGUCAUCCAGGGCGCCAUGCUCCUGCGCGACGCGAUCUUCGAGCAGAUGACGCUGGCCGACUGGAAGAGCGGCCUGGCGCCCAAGCUCAACGGCAGCUGGAACCUGCACACGGAGUUCUCGACGCGCGGUGGGCUCGACUUCUUCGUCAUGCUCUCGUCUGUCUCGGGGGUCAUAGGCAUCGCGUCCCAGACCAACUACGCCGCGGGUGGCUCCUACGAGGAUGCGCUGGCCCGCUGGCGCCAGGCCCGGGGUCUCCCCGGCGUAUCGAUCGACCUUGGACCCAUCUCGGACAUUGGCUACGUUUCGCAAGAGGCCAAGGUCGCCGAGCGCCUGCGCAAGGACGGCGACUUCGCGAUGCUCGACGAGGAAAUCGUGCUCCGGGCCCUCAAUGCCGCUGUGCUGUACCCGCUCGGCACGAGCAGCCGCCCCCAGCUCGUCGUCGGCCUCAACUCCGAGCCUGGCCCGCAGUGGGAUCCCGCCGGCGGCUCCCAGCUCGGACGUGAUGCGCGAUUCUUGCACCUGCGGCCGCGCCGGAAGGCGUCGCCGCAUGGCAAAGCGGCCGAUGGCGGCGCCGACAGCAGCAAGGCUGCCUCGCUCAUCGGGGCUGCCAUUGCCUCGAAGCUGGCUGAUAUCAUGGCGCCCGUGACGGAGAUCGACCUGAGCAAGCCGCCUGCGCACUUCGGGGUCGACUCGCUGAUCGCUGUCGAGCUGCGCAACAUGCUGGUCCUGCAGGCUGCCGCGGACAUUUCGAUAUUCAAUCUCUUGCAAACUCCGUCCUUGGCUGCCCUGGCUGCGAGCGUGGCGGAAAAGAGUCGCCACGUUAACGCGGCUGCUUACACUCACGUUCUGGGUCCUGGGUGCAUACUAACAAGGUUCCUCUCCAGCUAUGAACCCAUGCUGGGCAGAGAUGAAGAGGCUGAGUAUCCAGGGAUGGCCCAGGCCAGAAGGAAGGAACAGUUCAAUUGCGGUGCUGGACAUUCUACAUAUUUCUGUGCACUUUGCUUUAUUUUGUUCCUUAUUGGCUUUAUUCUAGGCGUUGAAGGUAGUAGUACUCUGGAUAGAUCUGAAUUUAACCGACCGCAUUGCUCGUCCAUGGAUAAUAGUAUUAAAUAUAGAUAA